AGACACACGCGGCCACAGGCCCCCAGAGGGUUUUCGUUCGCCCUUUUUAAAGCUUUGUUUGAAGGUGUAACUCUUCUUUUCCCACUUGCCGCUGCCUUUUCAAUUUCGCCGAGCGAAGCGAAAGACGCCUAGGGAAGAAGACAAAAGCGGAAAUCUUAAACUACAUCGUUCCUUCUCAGAUCUGACAGAGAGCGAAGUCGCAGAGAGGAUGAGCGGGAAAGGAGGAGGUGCGAAUAAUGGGAUAGGGAAGGUUAAUAGUGGAAUUUCAGGGAUUCCGACCGGGUCUCGGAAGAUUGUCCAGAGCUUGAAGGAGAUUGUGAACUGCCCUGAGCCCGAGAUCUAUGCUAUGCUUAAAGAGUGUAACAUGGACCCUAACGAGACUGUCAAUCGCCUCCUUUCUCAAGAUCCUUUUCAUGAGGUGAGGAGCAAACGAGACAAGAAAAAAGAGAGCAAGGAUACAGUUGAUUCCAGGUCUCGUGGUGCCAAUAACUUUGGGAGUCGUGGUGGUCGGAGUGGCUCAGACCGAUAUAUUGGGCGUGGUGGCUCAUCCCAUUACGGUUCUAAUGAGUCUGGCACUUCACAUGGUAAACCUGCACAAAAGAGAGAAAAUGGAACUCAUGCUUAUGCAGGCUCUUCAUCUACUGUAUCUGGUAUGCAAGGAAAUAACACAAACUGGCAACCUCCAUCCCACGGUGAAGUCACGGUCACAGAACAUAAAAUGUCCUCGGUAGGAUUAGGUGAUGGGAUUUCUUCAUCGUCACAGCCUUCUGGAUACAAUUCUGCUUGGUUGGGGGUUCCAGGUCAAGUAUCAAUGGCUGAUAUUGUGAAGAUGGGCAGGCCACAAAACAAGGCUUCCAUCAUACCAAGCCCAUCUCAUCAAAGAGCUAAUAAUCACCAUCUUGUGAUACCUCCUUUGGCAACAUUAAAUACCAAUUCACAUUCUCCACAGGAUUAUGCUUCCAAGGUGUCAGAAGUUACUUAUGAGCCUGAUGUCAACACAAACCAGCAUGUUUCUCCAAGUGAUGAAUGGCCCCCCAUUGAGAACCUACCUGCUGCCAGUGCAACCUCUGUCCUAGAGACAUCUGCAGAAUCUGGACAGUAUGCGAAUGCUUCUAACUUGCCUUUGGAUAGAACUAAUCAACACAUAAAAUCACAGUUAGAGGAAGCUCAGGCAGUGGAUGAUGGUCCUGUUGAAACUCUCAAUGGUAACCAUGUUAGGUCUCCUUCUAUUUCAAGUAGAAAUAUACAAGAGGAUGACUCUGGAGGUUCAUCUCUUUAUGAUAAUAACUUAUAUAAGGAUAUGAAUUCCUAUCCACCUCAAGGGCAUGUUUUUGAGCGCGAUGAAGCUGAUGAUGGCUCUUCAUCAGUUGCUGUGAAUUUGCAGCAACUUAAUUUACAUAAUGAUGAUCAGGAGCCAGAACCUGAAGAGGAUAAUCCUUCUGUAAUAAUUCCCAAUCACCUGCAAGUCCACACCCUGGACUGUUCACAUUUGCGUUUUGGAAGUUUUGGACCUGGCAUUGGUUCUGCCUUUUCUGGGUCAUUUGCAUCAAGGCCCUUGAAGAAUAAUUUGGACGAGGCUCCUGAAGCAGCAGAUGCCUCAUCUAUUGGGCACUCAGACAAUAGAAAUACAGAGUAUUAUGGGGACGAACAUCUCAUAAAUAACUCAGAGGGAAAUAUAAUAAAUAGAAGUAAUGUCAGCUCUGGGAAUUAUGAGGCUCCUGAAGAUUCUCGACCAGAAGUUUUGAAACAGGAUGCUUCUGAAGUUGCACAAGAGAACCAAUAUACAUUUCCUUCAUCUGCGUCUGGUUAUAGCUAUGAAAAUUCUCAACAGUUAAAUCCUUCAUUCACUCAUCCGCAGACAAACUCUCAAAUGCAAAAUCUCACUCCUUUCUCAAGUGUAAUGCAAGCAUAUACAAAUUCAUUACCAAGCACUUUGCUGACAUCAACUGUUCAGACUGCAAGGGAGCCUGAUCUUCCAUACUCACCCUUCCCUAUGACUCAGUCAAUGCCAACAAAAUACAGCCACGCAGCCUCUUCCAUUAGUGUUCCAACCAUUUCCAUGCCAGAGGCUCUGAGAAAUGCUAGCAUUUCUGCACCACAGCCUACUCCACAGACCCUGCCUGGUGCCAGCAUUGCCACUGGACCUGCUCUUCCGCAUCAUCUAGCCAUGCACCCUUUUUCCCAACCUACGCUUCCAUUGGGACAUUUUCCCAACAUGAUGAGUUAUCCUUUUUUACCUCAGAGUUACACGUAUAUUCCAUCAGCUUUCCAGCAAGCAUUUGCGGGUAAUAGUAACUACCCUCAGUCCCUGGCAGCAGUGCUCCCCCAAAGCAAAAAUAGCCUUUCUGUUAGUAGCUUGCCUCAAACUGCUGCAAUCGCAUCUGGCUAUGGGUUUGGGAGUUCUACAAGCAUUCCUGGAGGACUUCCUCUGAAUCCACCUGCUGCACCUACAGGUACAACCAUUGGCUACGAUGAUGUUCUGAGUUCUCCAUACAAGGACAACAAUCAUUUGAUGUCUCUUCAACAGAAUGAGAAUUCAGCCAUGUGGAUUCACGGCCCUGGCUCACGAACAAUGUCUGCUGUUCCUGCAAGCACAUAUUACAGCUUCCAGGGGCAGCACCAGCAGGCUGCUGGAUUUCGACAAGGGCAACAGCCCUCACAGCAUUUUGGGGCUCUUGGAUACCCAAAUUUCUACCAUUCACAAACGGGAGUAUCGCUGGACCAUCAGCCGCAAAACCCUAGGGAUGGACCCCUGAGUGGGUCUCAAGGUCAGCCGUCAAAGCAGACCCAACAGUUCUGGCAAAACAAUUACUAAUAUUGUCACCUCAUGGUUUUUCAGGGUCUUUUAGUGAGAUUGAAAGUAGCCAAUCAAAGGCAUUCUUGGGAUUGAAUAAUUACAUACAUCAUUGGUGGGUCUGAAGAGACCUUGACUGGCUACUGUCCUGUACCACGAGGUUGUAUUCUGGUUAUUUAUUGCCUGGUUAUGUUUAGGUACGCAGUGUGCUAAUUUGGAAUAGUGGACUUUGCCCUUCACUUCUCCAUUCUUUUCCUGUUAUCCCCCUCUUAUAGUGAAGAUUUGCCCUUUUAAUUUGAUCUCUCAUUUUCGUGUCUAAUGUCUCGUUGAGUUGAAAUAUACUCUUUAGCCAGAGCUAUUGCCAUCAUUUACAUUGACAUUUUAGUCUGUUAUUUCUACAUUCCACAAAUAGACCAUUUUCUACCUAUGAA